GAGCCAAGAUGGCGGCGCCCGGAGGACCGAGCGUGCGCGUGACCUGUGCGCGUGACCGUGCGUGAGACCCCCGUGUGAGAGUGGUGUGCGUGUGAGGUGCGCGUGCAGCAGGACCCUUGGUUGCAGCCUGGACUUUGGGUCAGAGGCAGAAGUGUCUCCGGUCUCUAGUCCGGCACAUACGGACCCGGAGCACGGACCCGGAGCACGGACCCGGAGCACGGACCCGGACUGGACUCUGGAGGCGCGAGGACACAGUUUGUAUAGCGCGUCCGGUCCUGGUCCGGUCCUGGUCCGGUCCUGAGUCCUGAUGUCUCGCCCCGUUCUGGAGGUCGUCCGUUUGGGUCUGGUCUCGUACUCUGAGGCCAUGAGGGUCCAAAGGUUUUACGUAGACCGUGUAAAGUCCCGGCCGAGUUCUGCCUGGACCCUGCUGCUGUGCGAACACAGCCCGGUCUACACCAUCGGGAUCCGGACGUCCCAGUACCCGGACCGGGACCUGGACCUUCUGAGGACCAAAGGAGCCGAAGUCCACAAAACCAACCGAGGAGGACUCAUCACCUUCCACGGCCCGGGACAACUCGUCUGCUACCCCAUCCUCCACCUGGGCCUGCUCAAGAAGGGUAUCCGGUGGUACGUGGGUCAGUUGGAGCGGACGGUGGUGGACGUGUGUGGACAGUUUGGGCUCAGAGCGAAUACGUCUCCACUGACGGGCGUCUGGAUCAGAGACCACAAGGUCUGUGCUAUAGGGAUCCACUGCAGUCGUUACGUCACGUCUCACGGUUUGGCGUUGAACUGUGACGUGGACUUGUCGUGGUUCUCGCACAUCGCCCCCUGUGGGCUGGACAAAGGAGUGACGUCUCUGAGCCGCGAGAUGCAGAGGAGGAUCUGCGUAGAGGAGAGCGUGCAUCCUCUGCUCCACAGCUUCAGCCGCAACUUUAACUGUGACCUCCACGACGCCGCGCCUCCUCACCUCCACCGAGACCCUGGACCGUGUCCUGGACAUAUCUCUGGACAUAGCUAACGUGCUAGCCGCCGCGGUCCAAACAGGAAGUGAGCACGGACGCGACCCGGCUCCAUCGACUCUGGCUCCAAUUCACUUUAAACUGAAAAACUGUGUCAAGCCCUGACCCCUGACCCCAAAGCCCUGACCCCUGACCCCAAAGCAGAGGCGUGUCCUGUCCAACCUGACCGUAGGUGCGUUUGAGUUUCAAAGGGUCUGGACUGUUCCAUUAAGUGUCCUUAUUUACCCCGCCUCACACCAGAGUACAAACUUUUAUAAAUGCACCCCCUGACCCCUGACCCACAUUUGACACGCCCCCCGGUGGUCACAUGAUCUCAGGGACUGGGACAAAUAAAGGUUUAUCUGAUUUAAAAGGCCCCAGUGUGAAGAUGCCCCGACUCCACCGUAAAUACAAAAUAAAACUCUUUAAACGUCCCACGUGACUCUGAUCUAAUCUGUCAAUCUACUGACCACCUGAUGACAUCACAGGGUGGAACAGAGCGUUUAGAGCUUUGGAGAUGUGACACACUAAUAAUAAAGUGUUAAACAUGUGAAUG